AUGUCAGUAAGCAUAGCGGUAGAUCCUGCAAAAUGGAAGCAUCUCCCACCACCCCCGGGGUUCUCUGCGUCUACAGCGUCCAAGGCCCCUAGCAAAGCCUCUGCGACUACAGCUGCAUCAUAUGAAAGCCUGAAGGCAAAGCGCGCAUGGGAGUUCGCUAUUUCACCGGCAAAGUCCUUACCAAUGCAGGCGUUCAUGCUCUACAUGUCCGGCGGGGGCGUGCAAAUAUUCAGCAUGGGUAUCGUGUUCAUGCUCCUCAGCAGCCCGUUCUCGAACCUCCUUGCCAUUAACACCGCAUUUGCGCAAUUUGCGCCGAGCAACGCGUCACCGAAGGCUUCGACGACAUUGCCCGUGCAGAAGAUCGCGUAUCUCCUCUGCAACCUCCUCACACUCGCGUUGGGUCUGUGGAAGUGCCGCUCAAUGGGCCUCCUGCCGACAGGGACGGGAGACUGGCUGGCGUUCGAGACGCGUGGGCAGCCUCCGGAGAUCCUGCUUGUUUGA